GCGGAGCGCCGGGGCCCGGGGAGGAGGCCCGCCGAACGGCAGCCGGAGGCAGGGAGCGGAGCGGAGCGGAGCGCACCGCACCACCGGGACCUGAGGGAGCGGUCCGCGGAGCGGCAGCCGAGGGGAGAGGCGUUGCCGCAGAGGACGGUCCGCCGAGUGUCGUCGAGCUGCUCGGCCACGGCUUCGAGGAGGAAAAGGCCGUCUUAAAGGGACAGUCCACUCGGCAGGAGUCUUAAAGGGACAGUCCACGCGGCAGGAGUCUUAAAGGGACAGUCCACUCGGAGGGCGUCUUAAAGGGACAGUCCACUCGGCGGGAGUCUUAAAGGGACAGUCCACUCGGAGGGCGUCUUAAAGGGACAGUCCACUCGGCAGGAGUCUUAAAAGGACAGUCCACUCGGCGGGAGUCUUAAAGGGACAGUCCACCCGGAGGGCGUCUUAAAGGGACAGUCCACUCGGCAGGCGUCUUAAAGGGACAGUCCACUCGGCAGGAGUCUUAAAGCGACAGUCCACUUGGUGGGAUUCUUACAGCGACAGUCCUCUUCCUAAAGUGAUAGUCUGCAGUAAGGCUUAUCCUAACUUCUUGUAGGGUCAGUCCACUCAAAACAAGCAGCUAUCACCCUCCGGCGGCACAUUUCCCUGGCACUUCAAAGCUACAGUUGUUGACAGUGUGUUGGUACCUUGAAGGUUGGGCAGUGCCUUGGCCUGUCUGCAACCUCGGACCUCGAGCUUUUGCGGGUGAGACCCCCUGUCGCCGAUGAGAUGGCUGACCUGAACCGUCAGCUGCGCGAGUACCUGUCGCAGUCCCGGGCAGGGCAAGCGGGGGAAGCAGCUGACAGCGAACCGCUCCUCAUCCCGGAUUCUGACCCCCCGCCGCCCGCGCCCAGCUGGGCCAGCAGGCUGAACCCUUUCUCCAGGCUGGGCGGCAACUCGGCCCAACCCCAGAGCUCCAGCCCUUCAGCGGGGGGAGGGUUGUGGGGGACAGAACCAGACCCCUGCCUGCCCUCUCUGUCCCGUCGCCAGCGGCUGAUGGGCUUCGGCCUGUGCCUGGCGAUGGGCCUGCUCUGCUUCGGCCUCUCAGCCAUGUACGCCCCCUUCCUGCUGCUGAAAGCCCGCAAGUUUGCCUUGCUCUUCACACUGGGGAGCCUGUUCCUGCUGGGCAGCCUGGCCUUGCUGCGAGGGCCUUGGAACCAGCUGCUGCUGCUGGCCUCCUGGGACCACCUGCCCUUCACCGCCACCUACCUUGGCUCGCUGCUGGCCACCCUCUAUGCUGCCCUGGCGCUGCAGAGCACCCUCUUCACCGCCCUGGCCGCCACCUUCCAGCUGGUCGCUCUGGCAGGAUACCUCCUCAGCUCCGUGCCCGGGGGAGCGGCUGGCCUCCGCUUCCUGGGCGGCCUCUUCACCUCCGUCUUCAAGCGGACUGUCAGCAAGUCCCUGCCCCUGUGAGGCCAGCUCCGGGGCACUGGCGUGGCACAGUUUGCACACCGUCAUGCCGCCCCAAAGACUGAAGCACAAGAUCUCGGCCAUCGCUCCCAGCUGUCAAGAGCUGCUGCCUUUAAGAGGAACCUCCAUCUGCCCUCUCCGAUGGAUACAGAAGAUCCGAUGGCCUCUCUCCACAAGGACAGCGAGAGUUCUCCCAAGAGAGAGACAACGCAGGGUUUCAACCGGAAACGCCUACAAUUCCUUCCCGCCCCAACAGAUGCUGCUCGACCCGCUGUUCCUCCAGCAGAUUGCAAAUUGCUCUAAAAUUCUCCCGAGCCUCCUUUACCCUGUAAUGAUCCAUCAAUCAACAGAAGUUUGACCUCAGUGGAAAUUCACUCUGCGUUUUGUACAGCAGCAUCUACGCUUCAAGUUCACCAUUAGCUGCAAAGCAAUUUGGUGAAGGUCCUCAUGUCGUGAAAGGCGACAUGUAAAUACUUAAUUGGGGGAAGGAAGAGGGAAAGGGGAUGAUGGAUUCUGACCACAGCAGCCUGUAACGUCCAGAUAAAGCAGCCAGUAGUGACCAUCGGAAGGACCAACAGGCAGCACAGAACAACAAGGGAGAUUGGGUUGGGAGAUGGACAACUUCAACAUGUACAUAUUAUUGUGUAAAAUAAAAGGUAAUCGAACUGCAAAACAAAAAUACUGAUUGAAUAAACGGCAGACGUGAACAAUUGGCUGAAUUUUAACUCCACUGUGCUGGUGUGUCCCCUGUUUGCAGGAACCAAAGACUAGAUGGUGGGUCUGUGGCUGGGAUUUGGAGGGAAGACUUGCUACCUGUGAGCUGUGAGUUCAGCGGCUGCAAACUGUGCCUGAUGGUGCGAUGGUGUUGUAAAAAGUGUACACACUCAGUUCAAUUAAAUACUUAA